AUGCCAGAUCUCCCAGAAUGUCCAUUGCUGCCAGAUCCCCUAGAACAUCCACUUCUGCUAGAUCCCCCAGAACAUCCACUGCUGGCAGAUCCCCUAGAACAUCCACUGCUGCCAGAUUCCCCAGAACAUCCACAGCUGCCAGAUCCCCCAGAAUGUCCACUGCUGCCAAAUCCCUCAAAAUGUCAGCUGCUGCCAGAUCCCCCAGAACGUCCACUGGACUCUGACUGUUGUGGAGGUGGCUGUAUUCCAUGUGUGAUGGAUAUUUAUCGUGAAGAAUUGGCUUUAUGGGAGGCAGAUUGUCAGAGAUUGCUUGCAGGAACCAUCUAUGAUGGUGAAGUUCUUAAGCAGCAGGAGCUGAUGCUCCAUCCCAGCAAGUAUACUCACUUCCCUGUACAAGACAUCAAACCUGAAGCCGUGGACUGUGUCAGGAUCCGCUGUGGACUUGCCCGGCACCAGACUCUCGGCUUGUCACUGGGGCAGCAUAUCAUUGUCAGAUCCCAAGUUUCAGGCUCACCAGUAACCAGACAGUAUACCCCUAUCUCACCUUUAGAUGCCAAGGGCUACUUUGAACUGCUUAUUAAGAUCUACCCAGGGGGCCGCAUGUCACAGAGAGUCGCAGCAUGGAAGGUUGGUCAUGAACUAGAAGCUCGAGGACCAGCAGGGCAGUUGGCGUAUGUUCGGAACAAGUUCCGACGUGUGCUGAUGCUGUGUGCUGGCACAGGUGUCGCCCCCAUGUGCCAGGUGGCACAGUCUGUUCUGGCUGAUGCUGAUGAUGAAACAUUUUUGAGACUUGUGUAUGCAGGUCGUAGUUAUCAUCAUCUGAUCGCAAAGUCAGAGAUCCAAGAAUGGCAGAGGUUUUGGAAUUUCUCCUGCCUCUAUAUUCUGAGUCAGGAGCCUGUGAUACCCACGUACAAGUACAAGAGAGGAGAGGAGAUCUACCGUGGUCACAUAGACAAGGACAUUAUCCUUCGGGAAAUGGCAGGUGGGGAUAUUGAUAAAACUCUGGUUCUCAUCUGUGGACCGCGAUCUUUUAACAAGGACAUGGUGACAUACUUGACAGACAUGGGAGUUUCUGAAACCAACAUUCAUCAGUACUGA